UUCCGACAGUAUGCAGAUCCAACCCCGCAUCAUUGGGGGCCAGGUAUCGAGCAUUAAGGAAGAAAAGUACCUCGUGCAGGUCACGACCUCAACAGAGAUGUGUGGGGGCUCGCUGAUUCAACCCAGGUGGGUCAUCACGGCGGCCCACUGCGUGUACAGAAAGAACAAGGACGAACUGAAGAUCUAUGGCGGGGCGUCGAACCAGGCAGGUCCCUAUGCCACCAUCCGUCUGGUGGACUUUGUUGCCAUUCGUCCGGACUUCAGCAUGAAGACCCUCAACAUGGACGUGGCCGCACUGCGGCUGCAAUCGGCGAUGGUGGGCGCCAACAUCGAGACCAUUGCACUGGCCUCACAGCCCGUUCCGCCCCGAGCGAUAGUCAAGGUGUCCGGCUGGGGCUCCACCAGUGCCACCUCCUCCAGCACGGCCCAACGGGUGCACAGUGUUCUGUUGCCCGUGUGGUCGCGGUCCUCCUGUCUGUCCGCCUUCAAAGGCAUCCAUGGCAUCACCCGAUCAAUGAUGUGCGCCUCGAAGCCCUAUAGGCGAGACUCGUGCGAUGGCGACUCCGGCGGUCCGCUCGUCUUCAAAGGCCAACUGGCGGGCAUAGUGUCAUUCGGUUACGGCUGCGCCUCGGCGCUGCCCGGCGUCUACACCAGCGUGCCCGAGAUCCGGGAGUGGUUCCUGAACAUCGUGAAGCUGAAUUCCUGA